AUGAACGUCCUCGUUGCGGCCGACCCGCUCCGCGCGAUGUUGAUCUACGACGACCUCCACAUGCUUUGCAAAGCCCACGGCGGGGGGGCCGUCGUGGAUCGCCCGGCGGGGGACUUCUCCUGGAUCCUCCUCGGAACCGACCGCGAGGCCGCCGAAAGCGACUUCCGCCGGCUCCGCCGCGGCCUCAAAGCCCCACACGGCCCUCCCCGCCUCUUCAUCACCACCGCCGAUACCUUCUGCGAGCUGCUGUUUGAGAAGAAGAUGGAAUUUGAGGACUUUGGCUACCUUCGACGGGUUUAUGUGGAUGACGUGGGGAUGCAGAUCCCGAUGCUCGCGCGGACCGCCCCCAUCGGGGAGGUUCGUGAGCGUCUGCGGAACCCGUUGGCGGCGGAAUUGCUGCUGGGAACGCUCCAUCAACUGCCGGGCCCGCACAUUCGCUCGAUCUUGCAGCUCGGGCUCGUCUCCGCCGACGUCGAUGACGAUCUAAAGGACCAUUUGAAGGCCUUAUGUCUGAAACCCUCCUCGCAGACCAUCGCUCUAUCCCCCAUUCGCGUUCCUUCCACGCUGCAUUGCGUCUUUAGCUUUUACCUGCCAAGCGAAAAUCGCUUGGAAUAUUUGGUACGGCUGAUGUGGAAUGCCCACGAGACGAUCCCCGGCCGGGCGGUGAUUUUUAUCCACAGCGAUGAGGAUAUCCUGCACGUCCGACGAACCUUGCGAGGCCUAGGGAUGGAGGCCAAGAUUUUUUCAGAGGUCUAUGGCAAUGGGCAAUUUCAGGAAAAGUGGAAGUUUCUGAUUCUUCGCGAAUCCGAGGCCUUUGGGAUUGAUCUUCCGUUGGUUUCUCAUGUUUUCAUCAGCAUCACGCCGCAGUCGUGGCAGACUUUCUUGCAUAUGUCUGGGCGCGCUGGGCGAUUGGGAAAUGUCGGGUGGGUUUUUACGAUUACCGACAAACGCGACGCCAAACACGUUCGGCAUGUGGUGGAGGAUCUUUCGGUGGAGUUCACCCACCACGUCGUGGAUGUCGAUCUUAAUCCGGUUUCCUCGUCUUCUGUGGAGAGCUUUACCAAGGAUCCGGAGCUCUCCGGGAUGGAUCCGCAGUAUGUGGUACAGCAGCACCAUGAAGUGCAGGCGGAAAAUCCCGAAAUGGCGAACCGAAGCCGGGAGUUCUUCUCCAAACCCGCGUUUAAACAAUUUCAAAUGGAAGAUUACACCCCAUCCCCGAUUCUUCAGCGGCGCUUUGAGAACACCAGGAAGCUUGCGAAGGAUGUCGAGCGGGACCCGUCGAUUGCAUUGCGUAUGGUGCAAAAAGGCCUCUUGGAUGAUCAAUUACGCCCGACAAAACGCCUUAGAACUCAGAUGAACCUCAAAACAUCUAAACAAGCCCCAUCCCCUUUUGAAAAACGAAGGAAUAAGUAG